GUUAUUCCAUGGCGAUUUUCACCCGCCACGGCCCGCCGUCGCUGGGCUUCACGGGUGCCGACGUCCAGCGGUUCAAGAAUAUUGAGGCGGGCAAGGAUGGGUCCACAAUCGAUUGCGCCAUCUGCGGUUCGACGCCUCGGCGCUUCAGCAGCAGCAUCAAGGGGAUUGCCAACGCGCCGUGGAAGCCCCACUUGGGGCCGGCGCUGCAGUUGAGGUCGCCGGGGCGGCAGCUCAUCACGAGGCAGCUCGAGUUGCCGGGCGCCUUGCCGCAACGGGGCCGCCCUGCCGCCGAGCCGACGCCAGUCUCGAAGUCAAGCCGC